UGGAUAGAUCCUGCAAUGGAGGAUGGGAAGCCUGUUUGGGCUCCACACCCAACUGAUGGAUUUCAGAUGGGGAUGAUUGUGGACAUUGGCACUGACAACUUAACUAUUGAACCUUUGAAUCAGAAAGGCAAGACUUUCCAGGCUGCUAUCAAUCAAGUGUUUCCUGCGGAAGAGGACAGCAAAAAGGAUGUAGAAGAUAACUGUUCCCUUAUGUAUUUAAAUGAGGCCACUCUCCUUCACAAUAUCAAAGUUCGGUACAGUAAGGACAGAAUUUACACCUAUGUAGCCAACAUUCUUAUUGCAGUGAAUCCGUAUUUUGAUAUACCUAAGUUUUAUUCUUCAGACACUAUUAAAAAGUAUCAGGGUAGAUCACUUGGAACAUUGCCACCACAUGUUUUUGCAAUUGCCGAUAAAGCAUUCCGUGACAUGAAGGUGCUCAAGAUGAGUCAGUCCAUCAUAGUCUCUGGAGAAUCGGGAGCUGGCAAGACAGAAAACACUAAAUUUGUUUUGAGGUAUUUGACAGAAUCCUAUGGUACUGGCCAAGAUAUUGAUGAUAGAAUUGUAGAAGCAAAUCCCCUAUUAGAAGCCUUUGGAAAUGCAAAGACUGUUCGCAACAACAACAGCAGUCGUUUUGGGAAAUUUGUAGAAAUUCACUUCAAUGAAAAGAACUCGGUGGUUGGUGGAUUUGUAUCACAUUACCUGCUGGAGAAAUCUAGGAUCUGUGUGCAAGGCAAAGAAGAGAGGAAUUACCAUAUCUUUUACAGGCUUUGUGCUGGUGCUCCAGAAGACAUUAGGGAAAAACUGUAUCUCAGCUCUCCUGACAACUUCAGGUAUUUAAAUCGAGGCUGUACCAGAUACUUUGCUAGCAAAGAAACAGACAAGCAGAUUUUGCAAAAUCGCAAGAGUCCUGAGGAAGAUGAGUAUCUCAAAGCUGGUUCCUUGAAGGAUCCACUCUUAGAUGAUCAUGGAGAUUUUAACAGAAUGUGCACAGCAAUGAAAAAGAUUGGACUGGAUGAUGCAGAAAAACUUGAUCUUUUUAGAGUAGUGGCUGGUGUCCUUCACCUUGGAAAUAUUGAUUUUGAGGAAGCUGGGAGCACUUCAGGGGGCUGCACGCUGAGGCCGCGGAGCGAGCCGGCGCUGGAGUGCUGCGCGGCGCUGCUGGGGCUGGACCAGGAGGACCUGCGCGGCAGCCUCACCACGCGCGUCAUGCUCACCACGGCAGGGGGCGCCAAAGGAACGGUCAUCAAGGUACCCUUGAAAGUGGAACAAGCAAACAAUGCUCGUGAUGCCUUGGCUAAAACGGUGUAUAGUCAUCUGUUUGACCAUGUAGUGAACAGGGUAAACCAGUGUUUUCCAUUUGAGACUUCUUCUUUCUUCAUUGGCGUUCUAGAUAUAGCUGGUUUUGAAUACUUUGAACACAACAGUUUUGAACAAUUCUGUAUUAACUACUGUAAUGAAAAACUGCAGCAGUUUUUUAAUGAAAGGAUUCUGAAAGAGGAACAAGAACUUUACCAAAAAGAAGGCCUGGGGGUUAAUGAAGUGCGCUAUGUAGAUAAUCAGGACUGUAUAGAUUUGAUUGAAGCAAAAUUAAUAGGUGUACUGGAUAUUUUGGAUGAAGAAAAUCGUCUUCCCCAACCAAGCGACCAGCAUUUUACUUCAGUUGUGCACCAAAAACACAAGGACCAUUUCAGACUCUCUAUUCCUAGAAAGUCUAAAUUGGCUGUUCACAGAAAUAUCAGAGAUGAUGAAGGCUUUAUUAUCCGACAUUUUGCAGGAGCAGUAUGCUAUGAGACGAUGCAAUUUGUGGAAAAAAACAAUGAUGCUUUGCACAUGUCCCUUGAAUCUCUCAUAUGUGAAUCCAAGGACAAGUUUGUUCGACAGUUAUUUGAAUCUAACACUAACAACAACAAGGAUCUCAAACAAAAAGCUGGGAAACUUAGUUUCAUCAGUGUGGGAAACAAAUUCAAGACUCAGUUAAAUUUGCUUCUUGAGAAGCUUCACAGUACUGGGUCUAGCUUUAUUCGCUGUAUCAAACCUAAUUUAAAGAUGACAAAUCACCAUUUUGAAGGAGGACAGAUCCUCUCUCAGCUUCAGUGUUCAGGAAUGGUGUCAGUUCUGGAUUUGAUGCAAGGUGGUUUCCCUUCGCGAGCUUCAUUUCAUGAACUAUAUAAUAUGUACAAGAAAUACUUGCCUGAAAAAUUGGCUCGACUGGAUCCUAGGCUCUUUUGCAAGGCACUAUUUAAAGCCUUGGGACUGAAUGAAAAUGAUUACAAAUUUGGGCUAACCAAGGUGUUUUUUAGACCCGGCAAGUUUGCAGAGUUUGAUCAGAUAAUGAAGUCUGAUCCAGAUCACUUAGCAGAGCUGGUUAGACGAGUGAAUCGCUGGCUUAUCUGCAGUCGUUGGAAAAAAGUUCAAUGGUGUUCUCUCUCAGUAAUUAAAUUGAAAAAUAAGAUAAAAUAUCGAGCCAGUGCCUGCAUUAAAAUACAAAAGACUAUUCGUAUGUGGCUUUGCAAGAGAAAGCACAAACCACGAAUUGAUGGCCUGAUAAAAGUGCGUACGCUGAAGAAGAGACUUGAUAAAUUUAAUGAAGUAGUAAGUGCUCUGAAGGAGGGGAAGGCGGAGACAAGCAAGCAGGUCAAGGAGCUGGAGUAUUCUAUUGAUGCUUCAGUGACCAAAAUUAAGACCACUAUAAUGACUAGGGAACAGAUACAGGAAGAAUAUGACGCUCUAGUUAGAAGCUCAGAGCAGCUUCUGAGUGCACUGCAAAAGAAGAAACAGCAAGAGGAGGAAGCAGAGAGGCUACGACGCAUCCAGGAAGAAAUGGAAAAAGAAAGAAAGAGACGUGAAGAGGAAGAACAACAACGAAGGAAGGAAGAAGAGGAAAGACGUCUGAAAUCUGAGAUUGAGGCAAAGAGAAAACAGGAAGAGGAAGAGAGGAAAAAGAGGGAAGAGGAAGAAAAGCGUAUUCAGGCUGAAAUUGAGGCUCAGCUAGCUAGAGAACGCGAAGAGGAAACCCAGCACCAGGCAGUGCUUGAACAGGAACGUCGUGAUCGUGAACUUGCAAUGAGAAUUGCCCAGAGUGAGGCAGAACUCAUCAGUGAUGAGGCUCAGCUUGAUUUAGGUUUGCGAAGAGCCAAUGGAACAAAGCCUCAAAUGACUGUGGAACAAAUGGCCACAGAAAUGUCAGAAAUAUUGUCUAGGGGUCCUUCAGUGCAAGCCACGAAAGCUGCCGCUGGUACUAAGAAGCAUGAUCUCAGUAAGUGGAAAUAUGCAGAGCUUCGUGAUACCAUCAAUACAUCCUGUGAUAUUGAACUCUUGGCAGCUUGCAGAGAAGAGUUUCAUAGAAGGCUAAAGGUAUAUCAUGCUUGGAAAUCCAAGAAUAAGAAACGCAAUGCAGAAACAGAACAGCGUGCUCCCAAAUCAGUUACAGACUACGAUUUUGCACCAUUUUUGAGCAACUCACCUCAACAGAACCCGACAACCCAGCUACCAGCCAGACAACAAGAGAUUGAAAUAAACAGACAACAGCGUUACUUCCGCAUUCCCUUCAUCCGUCCUGCGGACCAAUACAAAGAUCCCCAGAACAAGAAGAAGGGUUGGUGGUAUGCGCAUUUUGAUGGGCCAUGGAUUGCUCGACAAAUGGAGCUUCAUCCUGACAAGGCACCCAUUCUCCUUGUAGCAGGUAAGGACGAUAUGGAUAUGUGUGAGCUUAAUCUUGAAGAGACUGGCUUAACUCGAAAGCGAGGUGCUGAAAUUUUGCCGAGACAGUUUGAAGAAAUUUGGGAGCGUUGUGGAGGUAUCCAGUAUCUUCAAAAUGCAAUUGAAAGCAGACAAGCUCGUCCUACGUAUGCUACAGCUAUGCUGCAGAACCUAUUGAAAUAAAUGGUCAUUUUGCACAGUAACCCUUGCCCAUGAUACAAAGGGAAGAGUUCCUCUGUGCAACAGAGGACGUAAGCAUUCUAUAAUCAUACUAGAGAUGUUUAAUA